CCGGGUAUGGGUAAGAAGAUCAGCUCCGCCCCCGGACACCAGGCAAGGGGCGGUACAAGGGUCUGUUCCACCCUGGGCGGUCCCCCCUUUUAAGCCUAAGUCUUGGGAGAAUUUCACCCAAACCAUGACGGAUCUGGAGAAGCCAAAUAUCACAGGCCACAUGUUCGAUGUAGUCGUGAUUGGAGGCGGCAUCUCAGGAUUGGCUGCUGCCAAACUUUUGUCUGAAUACAAAAUCAAUGUCUUAGUUUUAGAAGCCCGGGAUAGAGUUGGAGGAAGAACACAUACCGUGAGGAAUGAACAUGUUAAAUGGGUAGAUGUUGGCGGAGCUUAUGUGGGACCAACCCAGAACAGAAUCUUACGCUUGUCUAAGGAGCUAGGCAUAGAGACCUAUAAAGUGAAUGUCAGUGAGCGUCUGGUUCAAUAUGUCAAGGGGAAGACUUACCCAUUUCGUGGUGCAUUUCCACCUGUGUGGAAUCCCUUGGCAUAUUUGGAUUACAACAACCUGUGGAGGACAUUGGAUGAAAUGGGACAAGAGAUCCCUGUUGAUGCACCAUGGCAAGCACGACAUGCUGAGGAAUGGGACAAGAUGACCAUGAAAGAUCUCAUUGAUAAAAUCUGCUGGACAAAAACUGCUCGGGAAUUUGCUUAUACAUUUGUGAACAUUAACGUGACUUCUGAGCCUUAUGAGGUAUCUGCGCUGUGGUUCUUGUGGUAUGUGAGGCAGUGUGGUGGCACCACUCGGAUAUUCUCAGUCACCAAUGGUGGCCAGGAACGGAAAUUUUUGGGUGGAUCUGGCCAAAUAAGUGAACAGAUAAUGGACCUCCUUGGGGAUAAAGUGAAAUUGAACUCUCCUGUUACUUAUAUAGACCAAACAGAUGACAACAUCAUUGUAGAGACACUGAAUCAUGACCACUAUGAGUGCAAAUACGUAAUUAGUGCCAUCCCACCAGCUUUGACUGCCAAGAUCCACUUUAAACCAGAGCUUCCAUCUGAGAGAAACCAGUUAAUUCAGCGUCUACCAAUGGGUGCUGUAAUAAAGUGCAUGGUGUAUUACAAGGAAGCUUUCUGGAAGAAAAAGGACUAUUGUGGCUGCAUGAUGAUUGAAGAUGAGGAAGCUCCAAUUUCAAUCACUUUGGAUGAUACCAAACCAGAUGGAUCAUUUCCUGCCAUCAUGGGCUUCAUACUUGCCCGGAAAGCAGAUCGACUUGCUAAGCUACAAAAAGAAAUGAGGAAGAAGAAAAUCUGUGAGCUGUAUGCCAAAGUUCUGGGAUGCCAAGAAGCUUUAUAUCCGGUCCAUUAUGAAGAGAAGAACUGGUGUGAGGAGCAGUACUCCGGGGGCUGCUACACAGCCUACUUCCCUCCUGGCAUCAUGACCCAAUAUGGAAGGGUAAUUCGCCAGCCAGCAGGCAGGAUUUACUUUGCAGGCACGGAGACAGCAACAGAGUGGAGUGGCUACAUGGAAGGAGCAGUCCAAGCUGGAGAACGAGCAGCUCGAGAAGUCUUGAAUGCUCUAGGAAAAGUGGCUAAGAAAGACAUAUGGGUUCAAGAGCCUGUGUCCACGGAUGUUCCAGCAUUUGAAAUUACCCACACUUUUCUGGAGAGGAACCUGCCUUCUGUGCCUGGUCUGCUAAAGAUCACUGGGUUUUCCACUUCUGUGGCUCUUCUCUACUUCGUGUUGCACAAGUUUAAACUGCUGCCACGAUCUUGAAGAUUUUCAUCCUCAGGCUUCCUGCUUGAUCAUUCGUAGCAUCAUCACCAUCAAAAUGAAAAUGUGGAUGAAUGAUAGCCUGUGUCUUAGGCCAUUUAAGUGCACUUGAUUUAACCCUCCUCAGUUUAAUAUCAGUCUUUGUAAAGUGAUAACAAUCCAAAGAAUCACCUAGUUAAUUUCAAUGAGAUCAAGUUGCAUCCUGUUUGUUAGACUAAUUCAUGUUAGUUGAUAGAAUAAACCUUGUGUGUGCCUAUUUUAAAAAGGUGAAAUGUUUAUGAGGAAUAAUCUCUGGGUUCUGUUUUUCUUGCUUUUAAUGCAAAAUGGUUAAUCGUUUCAGAAAUAAACCACUUGAUAUCGUGUCUUUUUUUUGUCAUUCCACAGACAUGUAGAGUAAAAUAGUGGCUAAAAUAUAUCCUAGAUAUCCUCACUGACUAGUUCCAUGUGAGACAAACUACAAUAGACACUGUAUUUUCUGGACUGUAUCUAGACAUGAACAGAUCCUUGUCAGUAACAUUCUGUUCUGAUUUGAGGAAUGUACCCUUUUUUUUUUUAAUGUGGAUUAUGGCUGUCUGAUCAAAGAAUUAUGUCUCCAAGCUUACCUGUGUCUUCAACGUGUUUAAAUAUUAGCAUGCCAUUUUCUUCCAAGUACCAAAGGACACAUUAAAUUUUCUCUAUUGUCAUUUAUUGAUACAGUCAAAUACAAAAAUGAAAUUAGGGCUCUAUGUGAAAAUAUCACUUGUUUUAAUAUUAGGUUUUAUAACAGAUAUUAAAUUGAAUGAUUAUAUAUAUUCAGACUCAGUUUUCCAUCUUAGGUGUUUUGUUGGUCCAGAAUGGUGCCUAUCUCUUCUCUUUCCCAUUUGAGAAACUGUCAAUAUUCAAAAGAAAAAAAAUUCCGAAGGUUUCAACCACAAAGCACUUUCUUUUUUAAAAAAUGUAAUUUUUUUUAUUAUUUAAGAAGAAUUAAAAGAUUGCCAGCACAUGCCAGCCAACCCGAGUUUAUUAUACUGGCUGUAUCCUAAAUGCAGACCUCUGGGUGCUGAUGUGAGAGCUUGCAAUCUAGAUUUUUCUGCCCUGCUUUAUCUUGUAAUUCAGAAACAUUUUUAACUUAAAAAGUUUCAGGGAUAUCUUGGAUAUUCUCCAGUACAUAAGGAGUUGCCUUGAUUCAAAUAAAACUAUAGUGAGGAUUCUCAGCACUGAUAUGCUACACUUGUGUGUGUUAACUUACUAACUCAGUCCUGACAUACCCUAAAAUUAUUUAAAUAGCAGAAUUGGCAAGAGUUCUAACAAUAUUCAGAUUGUUAACAUUGAACUAUUGAAUGUUGAAAACCUCCUGAGCUGGCAGUUUACCCCCUUCUACUUCUGAAAAAAAAAAAAAAAAAACCUGUUAAUCUAUCCUGAUGAUAUCAACCCUUUUAAGUUACAGUUUGUGUAUUAAAGUGAUUUCCAGUACAGAUGUGCUUAGACAGUAAUGGGAGUUGAGAAACACCAUAUGUGAGAUUGUGUACCACAAAUACAACAUAGGUCUCUUUUUUGAAACAGAGAAGUAAAAGUCAUUUUAAGAGGUUCAUAAUCCCCUUCCUAGUCCUGAAGGUGGCCUUUCUCCAUAGUUAGGAUGAGAAUUAGAUUUAAAAGUACACCUUUUUGUCACAGAUGUUAAAUAUGAUCUCGUGUUACACUGAAAAAAAAUGUAAGCUUUAUCAAAGGACUGUGAAUUAUGUUUUGUUUGAUGGUUGUGAACAUGAUACCUAAUGUUCCACGUUCAAAAUUGGCCCCAGAGCUACAUGUAUCCAUAUGUACAAGAUUUGCCACUGAAUUAAGAUUCUGUCUGUAUGGUACUGGGUUUUGUUGUUGUUAUUAAUAAAAUGUGAUGCUAGUCUUCAUUCA